AUGAAGCUCACCGCAAUCCUACAUACUGCCCUCUUGGGCUCAGCUGCCGCCAUUUCUUCCUUCACUGGACCAUCUAACAAACCCUCCCUCCCCGCCGUACGCCGCUCGCGCCUCACCGACCGCCUCAAUGGCGUCUCCUCACAGGCCGCCCCCGAUGACCUGCCCGGGGUAACCUACAGCAAGAACUGGGCGGGCGCCAUCCUCACGGGCAUCGGCUACCGGUCCGUGACGGCGACCAUCCACGUCCCCUCCAUCCGCCUCCCACCCGGCGCCCAAAGCGACGUGCUACACGCCGUUUCGGCCUGGGUGGGCAUCGACGGCGAACACGCCUGCCCCAACGCCAUCCUCCAGGUGGGCGUCGACAUGUACAUGAAUCACAGCGACCCGGCGUACUGGGCAUGGUUCGAAUGGUACCCCAGCCGGUCCACCUACCUCACCGACUUCUCCAUCAGCGCCGGCGACUCCAUCACCCUGAACGUCUCGGCCACCUCGCUCAGCUCGGCGACCUUUGCCAUCACUAACCACAACACGGGCCAGACGGACAUAGCGACGCUGAACGACCAGGCACCGCUGAUGUGCGGCUUCAACGCCGAGUGGAUCGUCGAGGACUUUUGGGACACGGACGGCGUGCCCUUGGUGGACUUUGGCAGCGUCGCGUUUACCGGUGCCAUGUUUUCUACCGACUUGGGCAUCGGGGGUGGCAUGGAGGGGGCCAAGAUGGAUGGGAUCAAGGAGGGGUUGGUCGGGGACCCGGUGAUUGAGUGCGAGAAGCUGGGCGGAGACGCCAUGAGCUGCAGCUAUAAGGGGGGCAAACAUCCUUGA